CUGUUCCAUUUGCGUCCACAUUUCCCCGCUGCUGCAAGGAGAAGCCAUCCCCCAUCUCCCUCCUUGAUCUACCAACCCCUCCUCCAUUCCACUCCUCUUUCCCCUUAUCCGCCCUCCCUUUUCCCGUCCCCUCACCAUGCUUCCUCCCGUUCAGCUCCCUCCUUAGCCUCCCACCUACCCUCCCUCCCUAGCCUCCGUCCUUUCACAGCAGACGUGUUUGAGUCACACAUCUUCCCCUCACCCCAUCCCCAUUUCCCGUGCUUCUCUCCCCUCCCAUCAGCUCCCUCCCGGGCGUCCCUCCCUUCACAGCAGGCGCGUUUGAGUCGCACGUCAACAGACACGCCUCCCGCCUGCCUAUCCCUCCUGAGCCUCCCACCCUUCACAGCAGGCGCGUUUGAGUCGCACGUCAACAGGCUCGCCUCCCGCCUUCCCGUGCCUGUUUUCCGAUCCUAUGGCACGGGCCUGCCAGAGAACCUCUUUCAUGCACGGGCGGGGAUGGCAAGAGAGGGGGGGAUGGUGAACAAGGAGAACCUCUUUCAUACAAGGAGCGCUCGCACUACCGUAUUAGGCCUCCCGCCCUUCACAGCAGGCGCCUUUGAGUCGCACGUCAACAGGCACGCUUCCCGCCUUCCCGUGCCUGUUUUCCGAUCCUACGACACAGGCUUGCCAGAGGCCCUGUUUGCUGCAGUGGAAGAUAUAGCAGCAGAGGGAGGCGCUGUGAACAUGCGAUACAAGGAUCAAUCUCGCUAUCACAUCUGGAUAGCAGAUACCGAGUUGGAUAUCGAGUACAAGGUCAUCUGUGUGCCUGACCCUGACAACUCUGGAAUUAUCCUCACUAAGGUGAAGCACAAUUCACUGCGCUAUGCAGUCGUUGACAUUGCUCGCCCCUCCAAAGCCAUUGACUUCCGCCUGCUGCUGCUGAAGGAAUCGAGGCUCUGCUCCCUCGAUACCUCCUUCUUGCAUCCCUGCUCCUCGCAUCCCUCCUCGCAUCCCUCCUCUGUUUCCCCUCUCUACUUCUAUCCAUCAGGAUGCCACCCGGACGCCACUCGGUCUGCGUGUGAGCUCAUAACAUCUACAGCAGUCAUCGACAGGAGUGCAAGAGGGGGCCUGCUCUGGCCAGACAUCACCACUGGCUUCGAUACCACCCUUCUCUCCUCGUCCUCAGCGUCAGCAUCACCAUCACCACCAUCAGCAGCAGCAACAGCACCCACUUCCGCUCCUGCUCCUUCCUCACAAUCAGUCUCAUCCUCGCCGCCACCCACUCGCUUCAGAGUCAUGGGCUGUUGGCAUCUGGACAAGUCCCGGGCGGAGUCGGGUGGACGUUUGUGGAAGCUGGCGCGGAUAAACGGGUUGGUGGCGGGGCAGGUUGGGAGCAGCCUGAAGCACCAGAUCGACCUGUGCCCCUUGGCAUGGCGGGAGACAACCAAGGGUCAUGAAGGCCCAAGCAACAGCACGAGUAGUUCACCCGUAGCCUACUCGGCGGCAUCUUGCUUCGACUCGAGCUUGCAGCAGGCAGCACCACAGUGGACUCCAGACAGCAUUCUUGCCGAUUGCCCCGCCCUCAUUAACUGGCUGCAGGAGCACUUGCCUUGA